UGAUCCCGUAGCAUCAGGGGAACUGGGACCCCUCAGUCUGUGUGUCAGGGAAACCCUUCCGGGCGUGGGGGAGGACUGGCCAGGCUAGGGCAGGGCCGGCGGAGCCAAGACGGAGCUGAGGGAGGUGGGCUCCGCCCGACCGAUUGACCGUUCGAGCUGCCGGGCCGGGACCGGGGCCGUCUCUGCAGCUGCCGGCCGGCCCCCUCCCCCAUCCCCUCCCCCUGCCCGCCCCUUCCCUCCCUCCUUCCCUGCCUUCCUCUCUCACUCUUUCUCACCCUGCCCCUCCGCCAGCGACCGGGCAGACGCCCGCCAGACCAGAUCGGACCCGACAGGACCUGAGGCGGAGGCGGCUCUGACGGGGCGGACGAGGAGUGCGUACCCCAGGGCCGGGGCCGGACGGGAGGAGCCAGCCAGCGAGCCAGCAGCCAGCCCUGUGCCUCCAGCCUUGCCAGCCUCGGAGGGGGCGGCGGGAAAGGAAGGCUGGGCGCCCGGCCGGCGGCAAUCCCGCGGCGGCGGCAGGAAGCCGACCCGGGCUCGGGCCCCUUUGUGUGGAGGCGGCAGCAGUGACCGUGACCAUGCCCAUGCCCCCCCCCAGCAGCAGCUGAGUGAGCCCCCCUGCUGCCUCUCCGGUUCCCCGCCCCCACCCGCAGCCCUCGAUUUCUGGAGUGGGGACCACUGGGCUCCUCCCCCCCUUCUCCUCCUCCUUCCUUCUUCUCCUCCCCCUUCCCUCCCCCCCAGUACCCACCCACCCUCUCCCGUGCGUCCCGUCCCGUCCCGUCUAACCGCCUCUCCUAGGAAGGGCAUUUCCAGCACCCCCCCCCCUCCCGGCAGGCAGCCAGCCGCACCCACCCCCACCCCUUCUCCUCCUCCUCCUCCUCCACCCACUCCCACCCCUCCUCCUCCUCCUCUUCCUCCUCCUCCUCCUCCUCCUCGUUCAGUCUGCCUGCUCCUGCCCUGCCUCUCGCUCUCUUUCCCCCUGCUGGGCUGCCGCCGCCUGUCUUGAACUUCCUCAUCUUCCCCCUCCUAGGCUAGGCCCUCUGCCUCUCAAACCCCAACUUGAGUUGGCAGAUUUCCGCCCACCGCCCCCACGGCCUCCGUAGCUGGUGGAGCCCCUUUUUAUGCUGCUGAGAGGGAGCUGGUGAAGGCAAGACUGAUGAGGGAAUACAAGGUGGUGGUGUUAGGGAGCGGAGGGGUGGGUAAGUCUGCCCUGACUGUGCAGUUUGUCACGGGCACCUUCAUUGAGAAAUAUGACCCCACCAUUGAGGAUUUUUACCGCAAGGAGAUCGAAGUGGACUCUUCUCCCUCUGUACUGGAAAUCCUGGACACCGCAGGGACUGAGCAGUUUGCUUCCAUGAGAGAUCUCUACAUCAAAAACGGCCAAGGUUUCAUCCUAGUUUAUAGCCUGGUUAACCAGCAGUCUUUCCAGGAUAUCAAGCCCAUGAGGGACCAGAUUGUCAGGGUGAAGAGAUAUGAAAAAGUCCCACUCAUCCUAGUGGGGAAUAAAGUGGAUCUGGAAUCAGAAAGGGAGGUUUUGACUGCAGAAGGCAGAGCUUUGGCUCAGGAGUGGGGCUGCCCGUUCAUGGAGACAUCAGCCAAAAGUAAAACAAUGGUGGACGAACUCUUUGCAGAAAUCGUCAGGCAAAUGAACUAUGCAUCUCUGCCUGAGAAACAAGAUCAGUGUUGUACAACUUGCAUCAUCCAGUGAAGAAGCUAACCUCAUUCAUGGCCAUACAGAGCAGAUAAAACUCAGAGGGAAUUUGCACAGAUGCUGCUUUGGACAACUUGACAGCCUGGGUUGCAGAACUGAGCCUUGGUAAACCUGUCUCGAUAACAGCAUGUUGCCAUACACCUAAUUAAGUGCAUAAGGUCCACAGCCUUCAAGAUCCAUAGACCUUAACCAAGAAUGCUUAGCACGUUUACCAUAAGUUAAAAUAGAUUCUUUAUCAAUCAGUCCUUUUGUAGCUUUCUAAGUUCUUAUUAAUGGUUAAUAUGCAAGGGUUCAUUUUUAAUAUUUUAAUUGAUUUCUUUAAUCAAUUUCUGAACUUGUAUUUAUUAAAUACUUAAACUCAGUAUUACCUACUCAAUGCCUUUUAAAAGUUUUAAUGGAGAAUAAAUUGAGCCUUAAACAAGUGGUUACUUCUGUAUAUUACCUCGCUCCAGUGCUUCAAUCUAUUUGCGAAAAUAUUUGUUUCCUGAAAUGGUUGGUCGAUAUUUUGAGACUUUAUGUUUACGUGUGACAGUGUUGUGAGAAACUAAAGAUCCCAUCUUACCUGUGUGGAUGUAAUAUCCCUUUUCUCAUCUGAUGCAGCCUGUGAUAGGGUAUUGUAAUUGACAUGUUCAGAAAGUGGAAAUUGCGAUUUGAAAUUGACCGUAAUAUUUAGUUGAAUGGGGUUUUCAUGAUUUUGUUAAUGUCAUUUGCAACAGUGACUUGCAGCUGAAGCAUUUUCCUUUCUGCGAAGUUCUAAAUUUAGUUAUGACCUACUUUUAACAAUGCCUUUGAAAAGGGAUAUUGUAUUCUAGGUAAAUGAAUUUCGUAUACCUGCACUCAAAUAUCUCAGCUUUGCCUGGCAGGUUAGUAAUUUACAUCUAGUCAGUUUCUGCACAUGUAAAGUGAAUGCAAAUAAAAUGAUUUUACAUUUUAUAGUUAAUAUUUGUCUUUCUGAACAAUGUUGUAAAGCAAUAUUUGUUAACAUCUUCUUGCACUGUCACAAUUGCUUUUUUUUGUUAUUUCCCAGUAAACAGGUUAGCAACAGAGACAAAAAUCAGUGUAAGGUAAGGGGGGGAAAGCACCCAUUUUUUCCAGUGCUCUGAAUUGCAAAUGCGCUCUGAACAGCCAUUGACUUCCCUGUUGUUUACCUGAUCAACACAUUUUGUCUGAAUACUUGAACAUUUUAACAGUAACACAGGUAUUAAAACAGAAAAAAAAAUGUGUAAAGAAUAAAUGAUGCUUUUUCUUCCGUUUUAA